ACUAAGGUCAUUGGUACUGCCAUGAAGGAGGCAAUGCCACCCACAGAACUGAAAAGCCAUGCUCUUCUGAGAGACGAGUUUCUCAUCAGCAUACAGAAAUUUGCUGGCCACAUAUCGAGAACUGUCCAGCAAUUGGAAGGGGAAGUUCACCUAUAUGUACCAGAUCUAAAGCUGACUGACGAUGACAAAGAUGUGCUUGGAAAACCAGCUGUUUUACAGGAGGUAGAAAAUACUGUAGCAAAAUGGCAAGAUCAGAUAUAUACAGCACUUGAGCAGGAGAAGAGCAGAGUUCCACAGGGCAAAGGUCCUCUAGCGGAGAUAGACUUCUGGAGAGAACGGAGUGGUACUCUUAGUGCACUUAUAGAGCAGUUGAAGCUACCUGCUGUGAAACAAAUGACAGCCAUUCUGUGCAAGAUUGAUAGUCAGGUGUACUUCGGUUUUGAAGAUCAAUGUGCAGACUUGACCAAGUAUCACACAGAAGCCAAAGACAAUGUACGCUUCCUUACAACACUGGAAAGACAUUUCAGAAACCUCACCUAUGGUGCUAAUUUUCAGGCAGUCAUGGAGACUAUACCGUCAAUGAUGGCUGCUCUGCGGGUUGUGUGGAUUAUCUCGAGGCAUUACAAUACAGACGAACGCAUGGUGCCCCUAAUGGAGAUGAUUGCCUGGGAACUGACUGAUCGAGUCUCUAGGGUCAUAAAUCUGCGGACACUUUUCAGGGACUCGCAUCAAAACGUUAAGCAGAAAACGUCGGAUGCCAAGCAGUGUUUGGAAUUGUGGAGCAGGUGCUAUCAUGAAACACGUGCUAAAAUAGAAGCAUCAGGUAGAGAUGCUCGGUGGGAGUUUGACAAGAAGCGUCUGUUUGAGAAAACAGACUACAUGUCUAAGAUCUGCGAUGACCUCUUUAAUAUUGCACAGGUAAUGGAGGAGUUCUAUAACAUAUUUGGGCCAGAACUGAAGGCAGUAACAGGAGAUCCUGUGAGAAUUGACAAUGUGUUGAAGCGAGUAGAUGCCCUCGUCCGACCAAUUGAAGAGGUUGGAUUCGACCCAUUUCAACAUGCCAACGAAUACAAGUGGCGUGCAAUCAUGGAUUGGUUCAAACGUGAGGUCGUCUCCAUUGAAGAGGAAGCUAAGCACUUCAUUGAUGAAUCGUUCAAAACCCUUCGGUCCGCAGAAGGUGCCUUUGAUAUGCUUCUCAAUUUUAAACACAUUCGAUCACGAGAGGCUGUCAACAGGCAGAUGAUGGAGAAGUUCAAUGAUAUUCUGCUACAGUAUGCGAAAGAGGUUGACCAAGUGGCAACAUUGUUCAGGAAUUUUAAAGACAAUCCACCUCUGAACAAGGAUGUACCACCAGUAUCGGGUGCUAUCUACUGGGAGCGACAUAUGUUCAAUAGGAUAAAGCACACAGUGAUUCGUUUCCAAUCUCUAGAUGAGAUGUUCAUUACAGAAUCAGGGAAAGCUGCACGGGCAAAGUACUUGUCAGUAGCAAUGGAGAUGAAAGACUAUGAGGAUAAAAAGUAUGAAUCUUGGAGGGAGCGAACAGAAGCUAUAAUGCCUUCACUACUCAAGCGCAACCUGCUAGCAAUAUCUGGUACCUCUUCUAAUGGACGGCAACCCCAGUUACACCCAAGGCGCAAAUCAGUUGUAAGCAGAGUUGAAAAGAGAACUGAAAGUCCAGGUCCCGGGAUGAAUGAUGUCAACAUCAUCGUUAACUUCUCUCCCGACCAGAUGGAAAUUGUGUCCGAAGCUAAGCACAUGGAACAGCUAGGGUUUCCUGUUCCUGAACUGGCCAGGAAUGUUGCUUUGCAGGAGGAAAAGUACAUAUUUUAUGUGGAUAGCCUGAAUGACAUGCUGGCACGGUAUCACUCACUCCUGUUGUCACUUGAUCCACCUGAAUACGAGCUGCUAGCAGACAACAUCAAGGAGCUACGACGAGUGAUUGAACCAGGAGCAAAACGACUCAACUGGAAUUCGCUUGGAAUCUAUGACUUCGUAGCUAAGUGUGAAAAGGCAAUAGGAAAGUUUGAGUCAAUAGUGAACCAGAUACAAAAAAAUGCAAAGGACAUCAAUCAACGAAUGUUGUUGAUAGAAACAGCAGAUUUCUUCACAUACCCGACUUCAGGUGAUGGAGGCCAGUUGCCGGAUUGCAAGGAUUUCUUUGAGUUUUUGGAGCAUGAGAGAACACGUGACUUUGAGUUGCUCACUAGGAAGUAUCGUGCCAUUGGCCCUCUACUCACCAAAAUGGAAGGUUUGGUUGUGCAUACUAAUACUGGGAAAUCAGCAAAACUGGCUCCAUACUAUGCCUACUGGGAGAAGCGGAUGUAUGAAUCACUAUUGAAGCUUGUUAUAAACAAUCUGAAGCAGUUUAACUGUGCUGUGAUGGGCACGAGGCCCCUGUACCAGGUGGAAACCAUCCUGGCCUCACCUGACGUCAUUCUACAUCCAGCCGUGAAUGAAAUCUACAAACUGAUGAUUGGUUGUGUCAGGGAUGUAGUCGAUGGCACAAAGCUGUUUAUCCGGUGGAUGCAUGGCUCCUGUAUAGAAACUCCUCCACAGAAGGUGGCGAACCAAGAUGAGCCAGUUGUGUUCAGCUUCUUCUCUGAUAUUCCUAACCAUCCAGAAGUUUGUGCCCUACUGGUCAGUUUACAAGCAAAUAUCCAAAAGGUGUUGGCUGGCCUACAGAGAACACUUGGUUCAUGGAAGAAGUAUAGGAACCUAUGGAAGUAUGACAAAUCGGAGACGACAGAGAAAUGGGCCAAUCGAAAUCCAUCUGUUGUCAGUUAUGAUGAUAAGUUACAGUACUACACUAAGCAAGCAGAGGAGAUUGGCAGCUUACCUGCAGUACGGGAUCAGGACUGUGUGAGACUGCACCUGGCACCACUCAUUAGUAUGGUGCAAGAACAUUGCAGGCAGUGGGUGCAGAGUCUUGGAGAACACAUGCACAUCUCAGCAAAGGACAUGCUGAUGUUACUCAGGGAUGACCUCCAGAAAUCUGCUGAAGACCUGCAGAAGGUUCCUGCUAGUCUAGACGACCUGAAGUGUGUGCUGAGAGCCAUUCAGGAUAUACGUGAUAUGUCUCUUAUGGUGGAGUCACGCAUCGUAGAUAUACAGGAAAGAUACCGCACACUCGCCACAUAUGAUAUCGAGGUACCUAGUGAGGAAGCAGAGCUAGCAGAUCACAUCCGCAACAUAUGGGACGAGCUCGUGUACAACUCGAAGCGUGUUGAUGCCACCCUGAUCUCUGUCAAGAAAAAGUUCACCAAUAUUACAAAGAGUCAAAUUGCUCAGUUUGGAAAUGAGUUGGCUGUGUUUGCAGAAAGAUUCCAUUCUGAAGGACCAGGAGCCGUGGGCCUUGAUCUUGAUAAAGGUGUUGAAAUGCUGAAGAGAUAUAACCAAGAGGUACAGAUGUAUGAAAACCAGCGUCAGGAACUGGGCAAUGCUGAGAAGUUGUUCGACCUGUCAAUUACUAUGUACCCGGACCUCAACAAGGUGUCAAAGGAGAUGACAGGGCUUCAGCUGAUCUAUGCAGUCUAUGAAGAACAGAAGAAAACGAGAGAGAGUUGGUCACAGACACUGUGGGCGAAUUUGAACAUCCAAGUACUCCAGGACGGUAUCGAAGCCUUCAUCAAGCAGGUGAAACGUCUUCCAAAAGAGGCUAGAUAUUUGCCAGUUGCCAAGGUUGUUGAAGAGAAGCUAAAAGAAUUCAAGGACUCUGUGCCACUGUUUGCCGACCUGAAGCACGAAGCACUCAGGGAACGGCAUUGGAAAGAACUCAUGGAGAAAACAGGCAAAUCGUUUGACAUGAACCCUGACAUUUUCACUCUCGAUAACCUUUUUGCUAUGGAGCUACACAACUUCCAAAUGGUCAUUCUGGAGAUAGUCACAACAGCCUCAAAGGAGCUCAGCAUUGAAAAGGGUGUGAAAGAGGUGACAGAGGUGUGGGACAACAUGCGCUUCAAUGUGAUCAAGUACACUAAGGGAAAGGAGGAUCGAGGCUAUGUGCUUGGCACGGUGGAUGAGGUUCUGCAGAUCCUCGAUGACAAUGCCAUGAAUCUGCAGAGCAUGUCUGCGUCGCGCUUCGUCGGUCCGUUCCUAAACACAGUACAGCAGUGGGAAAAGAGCUUGUCGUUGAUAAGUGAGGUUUUAGAGGUGUGGAUGGUUGUGCAAAGAAAAUGGAUGUACCUGGAGAGCAUAUUCAUUGGUGGAGAUAUUAGAACGCAGCUGCCAGAAGAAGCUAGAAAGUUUGACAUCAUCGACAAGACAUUCAAGAAGAUCAUGUCAGACACGGCGAAGAGACCCAACAUUAAGGAGUCGUGUCACGUACCAAACCGUUUGACAGAGCUAGAGGAGCUCAGCAUGGGACUGGAGCGCUGUCAGAAAAGCCUUAACGACUAUCUCGACUCCAAGCGCAAUGCUUUCCCUCGCUUCUUCUUCAUCUCUGAUGACGAGCUCUUGUCAAUUCUUGGCAGCAGUGAUCCUCAGUGUGUGCAAGAGCACAUGAUAAAGAUGUAUGACAACAUAGCCAGCUUACGCUUCGAGAGAGGCGCGGGCUCAGAGCUAGUCGCCACAGCAGUGGUUUCGGGAGAGGGUGAAGAGAUGGUGUUUCGCAAAUCGAUUCCUGCAGAGGGACGGGUUGAGGACUGGAUGACCAACGUUCUGCAAGAGGCAUGGCGAACUAACCGCCUGCUCACCAAGGAGGCGAUAUUCUACUACUGUGACAAUGUUUCAAGAGUAGACUGGAUGCUGCGGCACCAGGGCAUGGUGUGUCUGGCAGCAAACCAGGUGUGGUGGACCUGGCAAGUAGAAGACGUUUUCAAAAAGGUGAAGCAAGGUGAUAAGAUGGCCUUGAAGCAAUAUGCAAGAUCAUUGCAUGGACAGAUAAAUGAUCUAGUCACAAAGGUGCGAUCGCAAUUGACCAGCAAUGAGCGUAAGAAGUUCAACUCUGUACUUAUCAUUGACGUACAUGCUAGAGACAUCGUAGAUGGCUUCGUCAGGGACAGCAUUAUGGAUGCUGAAGAGUUUGAAUGGGAGAGUCAGUUACGCUUCUACUGGCACCGUGAGUUGGACAAUCUGAUGGUACAGCAAUGCUCCGGAGCCUUUGCAUAUGGCUACGAGUACAUGGGAUUAAAUGGUCGAUUGGUCAUUACUCCACUGACUGAUCGCAUCUACCUGACCAUAACACAGGCACUGUCCAUGCAGCUUGGUGGUGCCCCUGCUGGUCCUGCUGGUACAGGGAAAACAGAGACAACCAAGGACCUGGCAAAAGCUCUAGGAUUGCUGUGUGUUGUCACCAACUGUGGGGAAGGGAUGGACUACAAGGCAGUAGGUAAGAUCUUCUCUGGUCUGGCACAGUGUGGAGCAUGGGGGUGCUUUGAUGAGUUUAAUCGAAUCGACGUGUCAGUGCUGUCAGUCAUUUCAUCACAGUUGAAGACCAUCCAGAAUGCACUCAUAAUGAAACUGAAGCGAUUUCAGUUCGAGGGUCAGGAGAUCUCUCUGGAUUGUAAGAUGGGCAUAUUCAUCACGAUGAAUCCGGGCUAUGCAGGACGCACAGAGCUUCCAGAGAGCGUGAAAGCACUGUUUCGACCGGUUGUCUGUAUUGUACCAGACCUGCAGCAAAUCUGUGAAAUAAUGCUCUUCUCUGAGGGCUUUCUUCAUGCCAAGGUUCUUGCCAAAAAGAUGACCGUGUUGUAUAAACUUGCCAAGGAGCAGCUGUCCAAGCAACAUCACUAUGACUUUGGCCUCCGAGCACUGAAGUCUGUGUUGGUCAUGGCAGGAGAGUUAAAGAGAGGUUCUCCCAAUCUAUCCGAGGAUGUUGUUCUCAUGAGAGCCCUCAGAGAUAUGAACCUACCCAAGUUCGUGUUUGAGGACGUGCCGCUGUUCCUCGGUCUCAUAUCGGACCUCUUCCCAGGGCUGGACUGCCCACGUGUUCGCUACCCAGACUUCAAUGAUGCCGUUGAGGGAGUGCUGCAGGAGAAUGACUACAUCAUUCUUCCUGAACAGGUUGAUAAGGUGGUUCAGAUGUAUGAGACAAUGCUAACGCGACAUACGACCAUGGUAGUCGGCCCCACGGGAGGCGGAAAGUCGGUUGUUAUCAAUGCACUUUCUCAAGCACAAACACGGCUUGGUUUGCAUACAAAGCUAUUUGUGCUGAAUCCAAAAGCUAUGAGUGUGGUUGAGCUGUAUGGUAUCCUGGAUCCUACUACUCGAGACUGGACAGACGGACUGUUGUCUAGUAUUUUCCGUGACAUCAAUCGGCCAACUGACAAGAAUGAACGCAAGUACAUCGUGUUCGAUGGCGACGUGGACGCUCUCUGGGUGGAAAACAUGAAUUCUGUGAUGGACGACAACCGACUAUUGACAUUGGCCAAUGGGGAGCGAAUCCGUCUACAAAAACACUGUGCAAUGCUCUUCGAGGUGGCAGACCUGCAAUAUGCGUCACCGGCAACAGUCUCCCGUUGUGGAAUGGUGUAUGUUGACCCAAAGAACCUAGGAUACAGACCUCACUGGCAGAAAUGGAUAAAUGCAAGGUCAAGCAAAAUCGAGCAAGAUGAGUUGGGCAAGUUGUUUGAAAAGUAUGUGCCAUCAUGCAUAGACAUGAUUCUAGAUGGUAUCGUUGAUGGUCGUCAGGGUGACAAGAUGAAGACCAUUGUUCCUCUUAGCAACCUCAACAUGGUCACUCAGCUCUGCUACAUGCUUGACUCUCUGCUGACAACGGAUAUUAAUAGUCCUAACCUAUUGGAGUGCUUCUUUCUGCAAUCACUUUACUGGUCACUGGGAGCAGGGCUACUUCAAGAUGGGAGGAAGAAAUUUGAUGCGCACGUGAAGCGACUCUGCAGCCUUCCUACUGUCACUGACGAUGGCAAGAUUGUAGCCGGAGUCGGUGAAAUACCAACUGGCCAGCCAACGCUGUUUGAAUACUAUUUUGAUGGUGAAUUGCGCAAAUGGAUUCCAUGGAUAAGCAAAGUUCCAGAGUAUAUACACGAUCCAGAGAUGAAGUUUUGUAAGAUCUUGGUGCCGACGGUGGAUACGGUGCGUAGUACAUGGCUGCUGCGUACCAUGGCAAGGGUGCGGCGACCAGUCGUACUCGUAGGAGAGACCGGCACCUCCAAGACGGCAACCACGCAGCACUUCCUGCGACAGGUCGACCCUGAGAGCACGCUUGUACUCAACGUAAACUUUUCGUCACGGACCUCGUCCAUGGAUGUGCAGCGUGCCUUGGAGGCAAGCGUCGAAAAACGCACCAAAGACACCUACGGGCCACCACCAGGCAAGCGUCUGCUCAUCUUUGUGGACGACAUGAACAUGCCACAGGUAGAUCAGUAUGGCACUCAGCAGCCAAUUGCUUUGCUAAAGUUGCUGCUUGAAAGAGGAGGAAUGUAUGACAGAGGAAAAGAUCUCAACUGGAAAUACAUCAAGGACAUUGGUUGUCUUGCAGCCAUGGGCAAGGCUGGCGGAGGGCGUAAUGAGGUCGAUCCACGCUUCAUCUCCCUGUUCACGGUGUUCAACAUCACAUUCCCAACUGAUGAGACACUCUAUCACAUUUACUACUCUAUUCUCAAUGGUCACACUGAUGGCUUUUCGGAGGAAAUCAGAGCUGUGGUUGGAAAUAUCACCAAAAUGACAUUGGCGUUAUACCAGAAAGUUAUUCAGGAUUUACCACCAACACCAAACAAGUUUCAUUACAUAUUCAACUUGAGAGAUCUGUCUAGAAUAUACAAUGGUCUAUGUCUCACCAUUCCAGACAGGUACCAGCAGGUGGAACAGUUCGUGCGUGUGUGGAGGAACGAGUGCAUGCGCAUUAUCUAUGAUAGGCUGAUAAACGAACAGGACAAAGACCACUUUCACCGGUUGCUCAGUGAGCUAGCAGAAGAAAACUACCCUACGAAAGCAGAGUAUGUGCUCCGUGAUCCUCUACUGUUUGGAGACUACCGCGCAUUCCUGGCAGAGGGAGAACCUAGGAUAUACGAGGACGUUCAAGACUAUGAUGCAGCCAAGGCCCUAUUUACUGAGAUCUUGGAGGAAUACAAUCAGCACAAUACUGUGAUGAAUCUCGUCCUGUUUGAUGAUGCACUGGAACACCUGACUCGCAUUCACCGUGUGAUUCGCAUGGACCAAGGCCACGCCCUACUGGUGGGCGUCGGGGGCAGUGGCAAGCAGAGUCUCUGCCGGUUGGCUGCUUUCGCUGCACAGUGUGAGGUGUUUGAGAUUACACUAAGCCGUGGCUACAAUGAGAGCAACUUCAGGGAUGAUCUCAAAGUAUUGUAUAAUAAACUUGGCCUGGAAAACACAAAAACGGUCUUUCUGUUCACAGAUGCUCAUGUCGCAGAAGAAGGCUUUCUGGAGCUGAUCAACAACAUGUUGACGUCAGGAAUGGUUCCGGCAUUAUUUCCUGAUGAUGAGAAAGAAGCAAUUAUUAAUCAGGUUCGCAACGAAGCCAUGAAAGCUGGCUGCGGUAUCUCACGGGAAAACAUCUGGCAGUACUUUGUGAAGAAAUGCUCAAGUAACCUACACGUAGUGCUGGCGAUGUCGCCUGUAGGCGAGCAGCUACGCACACGCUGUCGCGACUUCCCCGGUCUCGUCAACGGUUGCAGCAUAGACUGGUUCAUGGCGUGGCCAGAGCAGGCUCUCUAUGCUGUCGCCAGCGUGUUCCUGACCGAGAACGACAAGAUACCACAGAAGCUCCGUGAAGCUGUCGUCAGUCAUGUGGUCACCGUGCAUCAGCUGGUGGGCAACUACAGCCAGAAGUUCCUGCAGAAACUGCGCAGGAACAACUAUGUGACGCCGAAGAACUACUUGGACUUCAUCAACAGCUAUGUACGACUUCUAGAGGAGAAGGAUGCCUUUAUCUUAGCUCAAUGCCAGCGGCUUGCCAGUGGCAUGACGAAGAUUGCCGAGGCUAGUGAGCAGUUGAACGACCUUAACGACAAGCUGGCCGUGCAGAAGGUGGCCGUGGAGGAGAAGACAAUUGCCUGCGAGUCACUCUUGCAAGAAAUCUCUGACGGCACACAGAAAGGCACCGAGAAAAAGCAGCUUGCCGAAGCCAAGGGCAAGGAAAUUGUGGUGCAGACAAAGGUCAUCACUGUUGAGAAGAGAAAUGCAGAAGAUGCUUUGGCUGCAGCACUACCAGCUUUAGAAGCAGCUAGGAUUGCUCUAGAGGACCUUGACAAGUCAGAUGUCACAGAGAUCAGGUCUUUUGCAAAGCCUCCAAAAGCAGUGCAGACGGUGUGUGAAUGCAUUGUGGUGAUGCGUGGCAGUAAGGAUAUCAGCUGGAAGUCUGCCAAAGCAAUGAUGUCAGAAGCGAACUUCCUCAAAUCUCUAAUGGAAAUGGAUGUAGAUGCCAUCACCACAAGCCAAACAAAGACGAUAAAGAACUUGUUAGGCACGAUGGAAGCCACACUGGAGGAUAUGAAGAGCAUCAGCAGAGCAGGGGCCGGCCUGUUGAAAUUUGUUGAAGCUGUCAUGGGCUAUUGUGCUGUCAACAAGGAGAUUAAACCCAAGAGAGAGAAGGUUGCAAGGCUGGAGAAGGAGUUUCAUCAGAGUAAACGUGAGCUGGACAGGAUCAACAAGGAGGUGGCCGCGCUAGAAUCAGAUCUGGGCCUGCUCGGGCAGAAGUACGAGGAGGCGAUGAUGGAGCGCCAGAACCUGGAGGAGGAGACGGCGCUCAUGAUGCGGCGUCUCGUCGCUGCCGACAAGCUCAUCGGCGGGCUGAGCUCAGAGAAUGAAAGGUGGGCUGAUGACCUUGAGGAGCUGAAGCAGCAGAGGAUCCGCCUGCUAGGUGACUGCUUGCUGGCUGCUGCCUUCCUUAGUUACCUUGGAGCUUUCAACUGGGACUUCCGUAACCAGUUGCUGUUCGAUGAGUGGAAGAUGGAUGUAGUGAGCAGGGACAUCCCGCUGAGUGAACCAUACAAGCUAGAAGCUCUUGUCACUGACGAUGUUGAGAUCAGCAGGUGGACGUCAGAAGGCUUGCCACCAGAUGAACUGUCCAUCCAGAAUGGAAUCUUGACGACACGGUCCAGCCGCUUCCCGCUGUGCAUCGAUCCACAGCAGCAGGCACUCAACUGGAUCCGGAAACGAGAGGAGCCCAACAACCUGAAGGUCUGCACAUUCAGUGACCCUGACUUCAUCAAACAGUUGGAGCUGGCUAUCAAGUAUGGCUUCCCAUUUCUGUUCAAGGACGUUGAUGAAUACAUUGACCCUGUCAUUGAUAAUGUACUAGAGAAAAACAUCAAAGGUCAGCAAGGCAGGCAGUUUGUGAUUCUUGGCGACAAAGAGGUGGACUAUGAUCCCAACUUCAAACUGUACCUGAAUACGAAGUUGUCCAACCCAAAGUACUCUCCUAAUGUGUUCGGCAAGGCUAUGGUCAUAAACUACACAGUUACUCUGAACGGCCUCGAGGACCAGCUGCUCAGCGUCAUCGUGAAGUUUGAGCGUAAGGAGCUGGAGGAGCAGCGAGAGCGGCUCAUCCAGGAAACGAGCGAGAACAAGAAGCUCCUGAAGGACCUCGAGGACUCCUUGCUGCGUGAGCUGGCCACGUCUACAGGCAACAUGCUGGACAAUGUCGAGCUGGUCGCGACACUCGAGGAGACCAAGUCUAAAGCAACUGAGGUGGCAGAAAAGCUGAAACUGGCAGCAAACACGGCUGAGGACAUUGAGCGCACGCGCGACGGCUACCGACCUGCUGCUAAACGUGGCGCCAUCUUGUUCUUUGUCCUGUCAGAGAUGUCAGCGAUCAACUCAAUGUACCAGUAUUCGCUGGCAUCCUACCUCGAGGUAUUCCAGCACUCAUUGCAGAAGAGUAUGCGUGACAGCAUUGUUCUGAAGCGAUUGAAGAACAUCAUGGACACCCUCACGUAUAACGUCUACAGCUACGGCUGCACAGGUAUCUUUGAGAAGCACAAGCUGCUAUUUAGCUUCCAGAUGACCAUUAAGCUUGAGCAAAGUGAGGGCAAUGUCUUGCAAGAGCAGCUUGACUUCUUUAUCAAGGGCAACAUCUCCCUGGAAAAGAGUACCCGUCUAAAGCCAUUUAGGUGGUUGCCUGACCAGAGCUGGGAGGAUGCUGUCUGCUUGAAUGAAGCAUUCCCUGAUAAGUUUGGCAGCCUUUGUGAUGACAUAGAGCACAAUGAGAAUAUCUGGAAGGAGUGGUAUGACCUGGAUGCGCCGGAGGCAGCAGCAUUUCCUCUCAAGUACAGCGAGAGCCUGGGAGACUUUGAGCGGCUGAUGCUGCUACGCUGCUUCCGCGUCGACAGGGUGUAUCGUGCUGUGACAGACUAUGUUACACACCGCAUGGGCGAGAAAUACGUCACGCCUCCCGUGAUCAGCUUUGAAGCCAUAUAUGAACAGAGUUCGCCACAAUCACCAAUAGUUUUUAUUCUAAGUCCUGGGUCUGACCCAGGCAGCGACCUUACAAAGCUAGCAGAAAGAGCAGGAUUCCGUGACAACAGGCUCAAGUUCCUUGCAAUGGGCCAAGGACAGGAAAAGGCCGCACUGCAACUACUCGACACGGCAAUUUCUCGUGGGCAGUGGCUUAUGCUUCAGAACUGCCAUCUGUUGGUAAACUUCCUCAAGGACUUAGAAAAACAGCUAGAGAAAAUCACAAAGCCACAUCCAGAUUUCCGUCUGUGGCUUACCACUGACCCAACUCCAAGCUUCCCUAUUGGCAUUUUGCAGCGAUCACUGAAGGUAGUCACUGAGCCCCCCAAUGGCUUAAAGUUGAAUUUGAGGAACACCUACUUCAAAAUCUCACAGAAUGCCUUACAGGAGUGUGAGCAUCAAGCCUUCCCAUCACUGGUGUACGUGCUGGCAUUCUUCCAUGCUGUUGUGCAGGAGAGACGCAAGUAUGACAAGAUCGGCUGGAAUGUGGCUUAUGACUUUAAUGAGUCGGACUUCAGAGUUUGUAUGCAAAUAAUUAAUACCUACCUCACCAAGUCGUACAACCAGGGAGAUCAUGAGAAAAUCCCAUGGAACAGCUUGAAAUACCUUGUUGGAGAGGUCAUGUACGGCGGCCGUGUCAUUGAUGAUUUUGAUAGGCGCGUCGUCAACACGUAUAUGAACGAAUACAUGGGCGACUUUAUAUUCGACACGUUCCAGCCCUUCCAUUUCUACAGCAAUGAUGAGGUCGACUACAAAAUACCUGAACCCGGUCUAAAGGAGAAUUACAUAGAUUACAUAGAUACGCUGCCACUCUCCAACACACCUGAGGUAUUUGGCCUGCACCCCAACGCAGAAAUUGGCUACUAUACACAAGCGGCCAGAGACAUGUGGACUCAACUGGUAGAGAUUCAGCCACAAACUGGCGAAUCUGGUACGGGGAUCAGCAGGGAAGAAUUCAUAGGUAAGAUAGCAAGUGACAUCCUCAACAAGCUUCCAGAGCAGUUUGACCUUGACAAGAUUAGGAAGAAGUUUGGUCUGGACAUGAGCCCAACCAGUGUGGUGCUUGUACAGGAGUUGGAGCGAUUUAAUAAGCUUAUCGAGCGCAUGAAGAAAUCCCUCACCACGCUGAAGAAGGCCCUGGCAGGAGAGGUUGGCAUGAGUAACGAGCUUGAUGAUGUCGCUCGGGCGCUGUAUAAUGGAACCAUCCCCCGUAUCUGGCGACGCUUGGCACCGGACACACUCAAGUCACUCGGCAACUGGUUGCUGCAUUUCCACCGCAGGCACGCGCAGUACACUUACUGGGUGAAUGAGGGUGAGCCUGCCGUCAUCUGGUUAUCAGGUUUACAAAUUCCUGAAUCGUACCUUACUGCCUUAGUACAGGCGACAUGCCGUCGCAAUGGAUGGCCCCUAGACAAAUCCACACUUUACACAACAGUGACAAGUUAUGCGACUCCAGAUGAUGUACAAGAAAAGGCUCAUCAAGGAUGCUAUGUGACAGGCCUGUACCUUGAGGGAGCUGCGUGGGAUAUAGAAAACAAUUGUCUUACUGGUUCCCAACCCAAGGAGUUGAUACAGGAACUGCCAAUUCUGAAGGUCAUUCCUAUUGAGGCACACAAGCUCAAGCUACAGAACACACUGCGUGCGCCUGUCUACACAACAUCGAUGCGGCGAAAUGCGAUGGGUGUUGGGCUGGUGUUCGAAGCAGACCUGGCCACGACGCAGCACAUCAGUCAUUGGGUGCUGCAAGGUGUCUGCUUGCUUCUCAACACGGACUGAAUCACCAAGCAAGGACUACCAAACUACACUACCACUGCCAGACUGGGAAAGCUGGUGUGGGGCAGGUGCCAACUCAAUCCCUCCAGUGCAUUGUAACUUCGUGAUGGAGCAGUUAAGGGAGGGGAGAUGUUCAUAACUUGUGAUUUUUGUGGGGGUUUUUAUUAUGUAAGUAAUUUUUGUAUAUAUCGUUCAGUUGGGAUUGUAAAUUUUGAUGUGGAUAAUCCACUUAUGAGGGUAUGAUAGGUGCUUCUGAUGUGUGAUCUGAAACUUCAUUGUGAAUUUAUUCCUUCAUUUCCUAAAACAUUUUAUAUGAGUAUUUUUCAUAGAUAAUUUUUGUAUAUGUAAUAAUAAUCGGGUAGUGGAAAUGUGUAUAGGGCGAGUAGCACACAAUGUGCCAAAUAUUGCUGCAACCAACUAGUGUUACGACUGAAGCCUUUCGUCAUGCAUAGAUGGUUCGUAACUUAUGAUUCCCUUUUCAUGUAUACCUGAUUUUUUCAUAAUACUCCGAGAAGGAUAGAAAAGGUGCUAAAGCAUGCUAGUUGUGGGAGGAAGAAUGAUACACAUAAGUCGUAGGUAAUCUGACCAAAGUACCUCAAUGGUAUAGGCCAAGAUGCAGUUCACAUGAUGUCAAGCCAAUUCUAGUGUCACACAUCUUGAAAUUUUGAUGUGUAUAAGCACCAUCAUCUGUCAUAGAACACACCUCAAGGCAACGAAGUUCACAUCUAUUAUAGCUAUUGUGCAAUGAUUUGUUUCCUGCAUAUUUGAAUUCAAUAAAAAAAAUCCCCUAAGUGCCAAAUUGAA